CCCAUAUGCUCAUGAGUUGGUUCCCAGAGGAGUGCAGGGACCAGGGAGAGCCUCAGGGUGACAGAUACAGCCUCUGUGCCAGGCUGGUGGAGCAGCCUGACAGAGGGUCUGAGGAGCACCUUGAGUCUGGCCUGGGGCCUAUCAGCAUCCGCACGGCUUCAGGACCUGCCCUUGCCUUCUGGCAGGCAGUACUUGUUGGGGAUGUGUGCUCUGUUUCUCAAAUCCUCUCGGACUCCAGCACAGAUCUGGCACCAGAUUCCAUCUUUGAUACCAGCGACCCAGAGCGAUGGAGAGAUUACCGCUUCAACAUCCGUGCUCUGAGACUCUGGUCUCUGACAUAUGAAGAGGAGCUGACUACUCCACUGCAUGUGGCAGCCAGCCGUGGCCACACUGAAGUCCUUCGGUUGCUGCUGAGGCGUCGAGCAAAGCCAGACAGUGCCCCCGGGGGCCGCACUGCGUUGCAUGAGGCCUGUACUGCAGGUCACGCUGCCUGUGUCCACGUGCUGUUGGUGGCUGGAGCAGACCCCAACACCCCUGACCAGGACGGCAAACGACCUUUGCAUCUCUGCAGGGGGCCUGGUACCCUUGAGUGUGCAGAAUUGCUCCUGAAGUUUGGGGCACAAGUGGACAGUCGGUCUGAAGAUGAAGAAGAGACCCCUUUGCACAUAGCUGCCUGGCUUGGCCACGUGGAGCUAGCAGAUCUGCUUCUGAGAUGGGGUGCAUGUCCUGAUGUCCGCAAUUCUGAAGGCUGGACACCAUUGCUGGCUGCCUGUGAUGUCCGCUGUCAAUCCCCAAUGGAUGCCGAGGCCACCAGCAACCGCUGUUUUCAACUGUGCCGCUUGCUGCUGUCAGCGGGGGCAGAUGCUGAUGCCGCCAACCAGGACAAGCAGCGGCCCCUGCACCUGGCCUGCCGCCAUGGCCACUCAGCUGUUGUACAGCUGCUCCUGUCCUGUGGCGUCAGCGCUAACGCCAUGGACUAUGGAGGACACACGCCUCUGCACUGUGCUCUGCUUGGUCCGACUACAGCGCUGGCCCACAGCCCUGAGCAUGUGGUGCGAGAUCUACUCAAUCACGGUGCUGUCCGAGUCUGGCCAGGGGCACUCCCCAAGGUGUUGGAUCGCUGGUGCAUGUCCCCACGGACCAUCGAGGUCCUGAUGAACACAUACUGUGUAGUACAGCUUCCUGAGGAGGCCAAAGGCUUGGUGCCACCUGAGAUUCUACAGAAGCACCAUCGAUUCUACUCUUCCCUCUUUGCCUUGGUGAGGCAGCCCAGGUCGCUGCAGCACCUCUGCCGAUGUGCGCUCCGCAGUCACCUGGAGGGCUGCCUGCCCCACGCACUGCCACGUCUUCCCCUGCCACUGCGCAUGCUCCGCUACCUGCAGCUGGACUUUGAGGAUCUUCUCUACUAGAUGUGCACUGCCCUGUGAACAAAGCAGACUCCCCAAGGGGCACCUCUCAGCAAUGAAUGACUCAAGGCGGGUCAUUCCCAGCACAAGGUCCAUCUUCAAGUCAGGAGUGGAUACCUUGAUCCACACUUGAGAGAAGAGGCCACAUCAGCAUCCAGCUGGUAGUGAUGCAGAGAGGGCACCUGUGCAAACCUGUGUGACCUGUGUCUGCAUUGGAAAUCUCUAGGCUGAAGCCCAGAGCAAUGGUGCAGGUGUUAUCUAAUUCCUUGGGAGGCAGAGGCAGGAGGGUGGAGAGUGGCCAGAUUGUGCUACAUGGUGAGACUUUGUCUUU